CGCGAUCCUCGCACGGUUUCCUUGCGACCGCGUUGUGCCGUCGAGCACCAUGACACCCUUCCUGCGCGCCGUGCGAUGGAUAUGGAUCGUCGUGGCCGUCGCACUGGAGUCCGUCCAUGCCAAUAGCUUGAUCGUGAUCUCCCAACCAACUACUAUCACAGCCGGCGAUGCAUUCAACCCACCGCCAGUUCUCCAACUCAUCGACGACGCCGGGCUUGUCCUGACUUCGGUCAACAUUGGCUCGGUUACCGUCGCCAUCGCGUCGAAUCCGUCCACGUUUGGACAGCUCUCUGGCGUGACGGGGCUCUCCUUUCCCAUUGUUACGGGAGUUGCCACGUGCACUGGUCUGUCCAUCAACCUCGUCGGGAGCGGAUACACACUGCAAUUUGCAUCGCUCUUUCAUGGUCUUCAAACCGAAUCAUCGCCGUUUGACAUUCUUCUUGGCCCUCCUUUCAAGCUGAGCAUGUACACGUACAUCGGGACAGCACAAGGCGGCACGCCAUUCCUGCCGCAACCAGUGGUGUCGAUCGUCGACCGAGGUGGGAACAUCGUGAACACGGUCAACCAAGGCACUGUAUCUGUGUCGAUUCUUUCCAACCCCGUCGGCGGGAUCCUGACGCCGUCCACGUCGUACACUGUGUGGAUAUAUCAAGGACUGGGCAAGUUCUUCGACUUGAAGAUCAACAAAGCCGGUGGCCCCUACGUGCUUCGAUUCCGGGCCGACAAUGCCGUGACCCUUCCCGGCGGCAGCACGUUCGACACGUUUCCGUUUACAGUCUCGAUUGGUCCUGCGAAAACUAUGUUGAUUUCGGAGCACCCGAUUGCUGCGUUUGGCGGCGAAGCGUUCGCGAUCCAGCCCACGAUCACAUUGAUCGACGCUGGCUUGAACGUUCUUGGCACGCAGGCCAACAUGCUCGUCGUUGCAACAAUUUACUCCAACCCGUCCAAGGGCACGUUGCUUCCCGUGGCUGAGACAAGGGCCAACGUGAUCGAUGGCGUGGCAAGCUUCAAAAACUUGCGCAUCGAUGCCGCUGGCAACAACUACGAGCUUCGAUUUGCUGUGAAGACCCCCGAUGCCCGCGGCAUCUUUGUCGAGACAGACUUAUUCAUCGUCGGUCCAUCGUUCAACGUGUACAUUGGGACACUCUUUUCUCUGGCAGUGGUCCAACCUCCCCAGAGUGCCAUUGCUGAUGGACAGCCCAUUUACAAGCAACCUAUUCUCGAACUGCGGGACCGGGGAGCAAACGUGAUUGUGACGGAGAACUUAGCGCUUGUGACUGUGUCAAUGGUGCCCAGCUUGGCGUUGUACAACACUCUCAUUCUCUCGACCGUCAACCCGGUGCCGGCGGCCGUCGUGAGCGUAACCCUCCUGCCAUCGCUGUUCACGUCGCCGUACGGGUCGGGCACCGACCUCGUGAUCAGCGUUACGUUUUCGCAAGAAGUACUUGCCACAGGCGAUGUGCAAUUGAUGCUUAACAGCGGCGCUGACGCGACGGGGCGAUGCACAACGCUGCUGACGUGGACCCGCACGCUCUUGUUUACCUACGGCAUCUCGGUGGGCCACUCAACCGGUGCACUCAACUACAUCAACACGCAGUCGCUUGUUUUGGUCGCUGGUUCCAUCAACGAUCGAAUUGGGAACGGAGCGUCGAUCAUUUUGCCCGAUCCAACGACAGGGGGUAUGCUCCCUGUUGUGGCGGUAGACUCGACAGUACCAUCCGUUGUGUCGGUGGGGUGUGGUGGCUCAACAGUAGCAGGCACAUAUGGCCCAGGGCAAGACUUAAUUCUUGCCGUCACGUUUUCGGCCCCCGUGGCUAUCUUGGGCGAGCCUGCUGCGCCAGUCCCCGUGCCCACAUUGUCCCUGAAUGUAAUUGCCCCACAAGUUGCCACGUACAUUUCGGGCAAUCAGUCGCGAGUCCUUUUGUUUCGGUACACCGUCGGUCUGGCGGACACGUUGACAUCGGCGCUCUUGGACGUGACGGCAAGUGUGAGUUUGAAUGGAGCGGCCUUGCGCCGCGCUGGUACGACCCCAAACCAAGUGGCCGACGUCACGAUGCCUGUGAAUGUACUUCAAAUGCUCCCGUCGCUUUGCCCCAUUGCCAUCGACUCGACUGUCGUCACCGUGGAUGCGAACGUGGGUAUCACGACGACUAGUGCUGCCGGCGUUUACGCUCCUGGUGAUGUCGUCACAAUCAUUAUACCGUUCACAAAUCCCGUUGUCGUGACCGGCAUUCCACUGCUUUUGUUGGACACGACCCAGAACGCGAUCUACACGAGUGGCAGUGGCACCAACCAAUUGACGUUUCUCUACACGGUUGGCGCGGGCGACUGGAGCUUGGACUUGAAUUACGCGACAGACAACUCGCUGCUGUUGAACGGAGGCUCGAUUCGCCGCUUUGUCAGUGUUGGACGAGCCAUCUCGGAUGUGAAUCCGUCGCUUGCGGCCGUGACAAUCGCCGCCAAAUCGUUGGCUGAUCAAAGUGCGAUCGUGAUCGAUGGUCGGACGCCCACGAUUCAAAGCGUCGUAUUUUCUGCAGCGGGGACGAAAACCCGGGGAGACUCGGUGGCCAUCAGCAUCACGUUUUCGUCCGACGUCGUCGUCAGCGGUGGACCGCCGCGACUGACACUCAACACGAACAGACGAGCCAUUUACACAAGUGGAAGCAAUACCGCCACGUUGGUCUUUACGUACCAAGUCCUGUUGGGCGAUAACACGCAGGCCUUGGCAUACAGCGCAGCGUCGGCCCUUAGUCUCAACGGAGGCACGAUUCGAAAAAAGUCAGCGGCGCCUUCCUUAGCUGCCGACCUGUCGCUUCCAUGGCCUUCAAAUAUCUUGAAUGGCCCCGUUGUCAUCGACCCGAACUCGGCCUUCAUCACAACUGUCACGGGAUUUGCGUGUGAUUUGCCUGCCGACGACUACGGUUUGAACCAAGUGCUCCAGAUCUCCGUCACGUUCUCCGAUGUUGUCCAAGUGAUUGGGAGCGUUCAGUUGAGCUUACAAACCCAGAACAUUCAGUACGCGUCAGGGUCCGGCACAUCGACCUUGGUGUUUUUGUACGUUGUUCGCGCCAACGACGCGACGCCGAGCUUGGACAUUGCGUCGCCUGCGCCUUUUUCUUGCCAAGGAGCAGCUCCAUGUUCGAUUGUAAAUGCAAACUUUGUCGCUGUCAACCUCGACUGCACAGGGCUGACUCUCCAACCCACUGGUAUUUCAAUCAGCACGGUCGCGCCGUUCGUUCAAUCCGUCGCGGCGAUUACGACUGCCCCAACGAUCAACUCCAACUGCUUUGUGGUUGGCGACGUCAUCGACAUCUUGGUGGUAGCGAGCAAAAAGGUGCACGUGGAUCCAUCCCCGGAUGUCUUUCCAGACAAAGUCCCGCUCUUGAGCAUGGCCACUGGUCGGGCGGGGGCCGUGGCGCGCUUCUUUGGCUACGGAGCCGACCGAACGCAGCUGAUCUUCCGGUACAUCGUCCAACCUGGCGACAUGACGCCCGACCUCAUGUAUGCCAACACCAAUUCGUUGUCGUUGAAUUUCAAUCAAGCCACGAUCAAGCGGCUGACCACCAACCCAACCACCAACAUGGACUUGGCGUUGCCGACUCCACAAACUCUUGGCGUGGGACUCAAAAUCGACACUUCUCGCACGCCUCAAAUCACCAACGUCCAGGCUACAACACCUGACGGGACGUACUUUCGCGGCGACUUGAUCACGAUUCAAGUGUCGUACACGGAAAACGUGGUCGUGACCGGACAGCCUGUGCUCAAGUUGGACUUGGGAAUCAAUGACCGUGACGCGGUGUACACCAGCGGCAGUGGGUCGUCCGUUCUCACGUUUCAAUACACGGUUGGACAGGACGACACGUCUCGAGACUUGCGGUACAUUGAUGUCAAGUCUUUGUUUGUGCCCCUGGGUGCGUCCAUCCUCCACCGGGCGACAAACCCCACGGUAAAAGCAAACAACCGGCUGCCGAACCCCGCGACCCCCGGAUCCCUGAGUUUCAACAACAACAUUGUCAUUCGAGGCAGCACUCCAUAUGUGACGGACAUUUCAUUCGUCACAGUCAACGGCACGUACACUGUCAACAGCGUGAUUCAAAUAUCAGUCACAUUCACGACAACGGUGACUGUGACGGGGGCACCGUUUCUCGAGCUUGCAACGGGUACAGUUCGUCGGCGUGCCGCGUACAUCGCGGCCGGCCCCGACACCAAGCUAGUCUUUCAGUACCGCGUCGAAACAGGCGACGUCUCGAAUAAACUCGACUACGCGAGCACGUCCGCCCUCAACUUGAAUGGCGGGACCAUCAUGACGACGCCGACAUUAGCAGGCCGACCGCCUGUGCAACCGGCAAACACGCAAUUGAACCCACCAGGCGGUGCGCUGUCCGGAGGUCGCAUCAUCCAAGCAUCGUUGGGCCGAGUGUCGUACACAGACUUGGGCAUCGAUACGAUGGGUCUUCAAUACGUGAUUUACUUUAGCACGCCGCCGAAGGUCGAGGCAAGUGUCAUGUUCAACGUGACGUAUUCUGCCGUGUGGGAGGUGCGGAAUUCGCCCAUCAAUGUCCAAAACCGCGGGGACAAGACUGGGUGGAGCGUCGACGUGAACGGAGCGGUUGCGAUCGUAGGCUCGGCAGGGACAAUCGCCAAGCGGUACAACGUGCAGGAGAUCACAGCGUGGGGCAGUGCAUCGACGUACGUUGACGAAGUGCAGUACGUGCAGACGACAUGCGUUCACCGCGAUGCUGUCCAACUCCUGAAGAGCAGCGCCGCACCUGGACAAACCGUGGGUGGGUAUUUUUCACUCAUGUACGGAGCCGUCGGGCCAACGCGGAGACUCUCGGCGGACUUUGAUGCUGCUCAGUUGGAAGUUGCGCUCGAGCUGGAUUUUGGCUUGGCCGCGUCCAGUGUCGAGGUGUCUCGAUCGCAAAACACAUACUGCGGCUGCAACAAUGCGUACGAAUGGACGAUCACAUUCCACACCCAAGGGGACGUGCCUACACUUGUGGCGAGGAACUACUUGACGGGGAACGGCGCCACGAUUGGAGAUGGAAAAGGCAGUGCGUCGGCCAUUGUUGUCACGCAACCACCCGUCGUGGCGGGGCUAUUCGCGCUUCGAUACGGCACGAUGACGACGCAAAACAUGCCGUCCAAUGUGGAUGCAGCCACCAUGGCCACACGUCUCGCUUUGGAUUUGAACUUGCCCAUUCGAAGUGUCGCUCGAUCCGAACCGACCAUUCAAAAUGGAUACACUUGGAGUAUCACGUUUUCAUCGUCGAGCACACUGUUCAACAUCAACGAGCUUCAACCAUCGCCGGUGUUUCUGACGGGCAACCAAGUCCUGUUGUCAGUAACGACGGUUCGUGAAGGCCAAGCCCCGCUCUACGGAAGCUUUCGUUUGGGUCUUGGUGACGAAACAACGGCCAACAUCCCCGUGACAGCGACGGACGUCGUUAUGAAAGCAGCGCUGGAGUCCCUUCGUCAAGUUUCAAGGGUCACGGUCGCCCGAUCGCCGCAAAACAAAUUUGGUGGGUAUACCUGGACCGUGACGUUUGUUGAGAUCAACACCCCGACCAUUUACGGCUUGGUGCUCAGUAACUUGGGCACGCUGCCGCCGCUGACUCCUGUCACGCUGGUGAACAAUAUCCCGAUUCUUCUCGGCAGCGACGCGGUUAUUCGAGUCGACUAUGCAGGCGUGAACCCAUCCGUGUACUCGAGUGCGUCACUUGGAAAUGCACCAGGGGAGAGCGCUGGCUCGGCAACUGUGUUUGUGCCGUACAACAAGCAAUGGGUGCAGUCGGCACUCCUUGUGGGACAGGACACGCGCCUCGGAGACCAAUUUGGAACCAGUGUCGCGUUGUCGUUGACGGGAAAUCAGGCCAUCGUGGGCGCCCCGUUUGCCGUCUACCGAGGGAACACGGAGCAGCAAGCGCUUUCAUGCAUUGCUGAUGGAGGGACGUUCACGUUGUCGUUUUUGGGUCUCGUAUCGGCGCCCAUUGCGUUCGACGCCUCCAGGACCACGCUUCAGACGGUGAUCGCAGCGCUGCUAAAAGUCAAUGCCCAAUUCAUCACAGUCUCUUCGUACACAGCGUUGUGCAGUGGAAGCGUCAUUCUCAUCACGUUGGCAACGCCCGACUUAGCCGACUCGUCAGGCAACAUCCCCGACUUAGUGCCAGAUGACUCGUUGUUGACAAGUGGGGGGCUCAAAGGUGUUGUGUCGAUGCAAUCUGUGGUCCAAGGGUCGUUUCGCGAGGACGGGCCCAAUGCCAAAGGCACGCGGUGCGGUGGAGCGUACUUUUUCACGUCGCCGUCCGUUGGAGUAUGGACACAAGUGGUGAAAAUGACUCCAACGGAUGGAUCCGAGUCGCUACCGAGUGAAUUCGGCGCCAGUGUAUCCCUCGAAGGCAGCUUUGCAGUCGUCGGGGCGCCUGGUGCUCGAUAUGCCAAAGGCGAGGCGUAUGUGUACCAGUUCAAUGGUGUCCAGUGGUCAUUGUACCAAAAGUUGACGUCGUCGCCGUAUGUGUCGGCGCAAGGCGACCGAUUUGGAGAUUCCGUCAAGGUUUCAGACACAACCGUUGUCGUUGGGGCGCCAGGAUAUGCAGGGAAGGUCGGUGCUGUGUUUGUAUUCCAGCUUGUGAACGGGGUGUUUAUCAACCGGCAAAAACUCCAGCCUGGUGACUUGGCGGUUGGUGACAAGUUUGGCAGCUCCGUGGCAGUCGACAUGCAAACGUCCACGAUUGCUGCGAGUUCCAAGUGGCGGAAUCAACGUGGCGCCGUCUACAUCUUCUACUCGCCCGACUUGUUCUUUUCGUUGCAGCAAGUCGUGCAGGGGUCCGACACGCAGCAAGACGAUGGAUUUGGUCAGAGCGUCGCGAUUGUGAAGAAUGUCCUCGUGGUCGGCGCGAACGAACAUUUCAACUCGAAUCGGCCAUUGACCAUUCGAAAAGCAAUUCAGACGAUCACGACAUCAGGGUCGUCGCCGCUUGGCAAGACAUUUCGGGUUGGGUUUCGCAAAGUAAGCGAUGGAUACGAAGAGGAUUUUGUGUACUCCAAGCCGAUUCCAUUCGACGCGACUGCUACGGUGGUCCAGCAGCGAUUGCAAACCGACUUGAACACAGGCGCACUCGUAGUCACGCGGCAAGGACCGGACGCAAACCAAGGAUAUUCGUGGUCCAUUACGUUCACCGGGUCCACGUCAGACGUUCCAAAACUCCGUGUCGAUGGCUCCGCGCUGACAGGAGCAAAUGCACAAAUCACGUGCACGAUGGCUGUGGCAGUGCCGCCCAUAGUUCGCAGCAACGUGUACGUCUUCCUUCGGACGGGGACAACGUGGCAGGAGCAAGUGACGCUGCGGCCAACAAACAAGCAGUAUUACAGCAUGUUUGGCAACGCCGUCUCGCUCAGUCGAAAUGGUUUCCAUGCAAUUGCUGGGGCAUAUAAUGCCGACACGUUGUUCAGUGCGAUCAACAGCGGUGCCGCGUACUUGUUUGACAUGGCGUUCAUGGACUUUCGUUUUUCCAGUCCAACGUACUCGGUCUUGGAAGGUGACACCGUGUCGAUUCCUGUGCAGCGAUGUGGGGCGCUCGGCAACGCUUGUAUCAUGAAAUCGACGGCAACUCAAGAAUUCAUUGACUUCGACACGGGCGAUGCCGUCACGGACAUGGCGGGACAAAACCGUGUCCCGGCCAUGGAGCUCAAGUACAUUGGACCUUUUCAACAGUUGUGCAUGUUGACCGUGACGGCGGAUACCCCCGGGGCCAAGUACUACCCCGACGUCAUGGGACCGGAGCCGUUCCCGCUUGUGCCGAAAGGCCGCUACAUCAUGCCGUAUAUGAUUGGUACUGCCCAUAGUCGCGCUCAAUCGUACGGAAGCUCUCGAUAUCGCUCGGUGUGGGUGGACUCCCAAUACGACUACUUGGGGGUGUCGGACUACAGACCAAGCUCCGGGGAAUUGUCUUUUCCGCCACAAACGGUCCUGUCGACAUUUUCGGUGAGUACUACGGAUGACAGCGUGUACGAAUACCCUGACGAGACGAUCAACGUCCGCUUGAGUGUCCCUGGCAUGUGGCCAACGUUUCCAUCUCAGUUCUGGUCGCAAAUCACGAUCCUCGACAACGGCGAUGGUGGAAUGGGCACCACGUCGUACUCAACUCGAUUGACUGGCGACGUCACAACCGGAAGUCGACUGGGACAAUCCGUCGCGUUCUUCGACGGCAUCAACUUGGCUGCAGUUGGUGCGCCAUUCGCCAAGAUGGGUGGUGUCGAAUGUGGUGCUGUGUACGUGUACAAUUCGCGCUCGGGGGUGUGGACGUUGGAAGCAAAGCUAGUUCCUCAGUCGUGCACCCCAGGCCUCCGAUUCGGGACAUCCGUGGCAAUUGAUGGGUCCUAUGGAACGGUUCGACUGGUCGUGGGAUCACCUGGUCCACCGACACCGUCUGCAGUCGUGUAUCGACGCAGUGCGCAGCGAGUGUGGUCGUUCGAAGUGGAAUUCUCUGAACCUCAAGCGGUGUCCAUAACGGACAACUACGCUGGACGCGAUGCCGUUUCAAUUCAUGGGAACUUGAUCGUUGUGGGGGCGUCAGGCUUGGAAGCCGCGUUUGUGUACACAUUCACACCGACAGGUUGGCUGCCUGCUGUGGUCCUUCGUGCGAGCGAUUACACUGUUGAUCAAGACAACUUGCUCUCGAUCACGCGCAUGUUUCACUUUGGCGCAUCCGUGGCGACGAAUCGACGAGCAAUUGUUGUCGGAGCCCCCAAAGCGAACUACGGCUCGCAACGCGUCCGAGACGUUGACUUUUUGAGCAAAGGCGCUGCGUACAUGUAUUACCUCCCGGCGCAAGUUCAGGUCGUAGCUCUCGUCGCCGAUUCCAUUGUGACAGCAGGAGAAUUCACCCUUUCGAACGGGGUCACGACGACGAAUCCAUUGAGCUAUCAGAUCUCCGCAGCUGACAUGGUGUCAGUCUUAAAGGCGCUUGUUCCAGACGUUGAAGUGUCCCGAACGGGAGAUAUCGUGAGGGGGUUUGAAUGGCGUGUUACUUUCAUCUCGGAAGUGACGAAUCAGCCGCUGCUGGUACCUGCAUGGCGCGGAAAUGGUUGUGCCAUCUGCAUCGCGUUCUCCAGUGGGUUUGCAGCCAACCCUACCCGUCAAGUGUCGGUCGUGGAGACUGUCCUCUUGGGCACAUGGACGUUUCAGACACAGCUGACAGCUUCCGACGGUAACCAAGCCGACCGAUUUGGACACAGCGUCGCGUUGGAUGGAAACGCCGUAAUUGUGGGAGCGUACACGUCGUCAGCCUUGACGACAACCACGUGGAAUUUUGAAACAGGCGACUUGACUGGGUGGAUUAAGACCGGGACCGCAUUCGACGCUCAGCCGACUUUCGGUGACAAUGUGAUGGCACGCGGUGAUUCGUACAAAAGUUAUGAAACAGCCAAGGGUACGAUCCAGCACGAAGGUCGGUACUGGAUCGGGACGUUUGAAAGUCGACCUGGCGCUGGAGUGUCCCAACGGGCGUCCCCGUUUACGUGCGCAUUCGCCAACGCAGAUUGCAGGACUACAAAGUACAGUGAACCGGGGACAGCAAUCGCAGGGACUUCUCAAGGCGACGAUCCACAAGGAACGCUGUCGUCUCAAGUGUUUACGAUCAUGGGCAGUCGGAUGUCGUUCAGACUUGGCGGCGGGUGCAAUCUCGCAACGAUCUAUGUCGAACUACUCGUGGAUGGGGUUUCCGUACGGCGAGAAACGGGCCGAUGCGACGAAAAGAUGCGUCUUGUGACGUGGAAUGUCACGCGGCACCGCGGCAAAAGCGCAAUCGUGCGCAUUGUGGAUGCCUCCAGCACUGACUUGUGGGGCCACAUAAACGUUGACGAUUUUCAGUUUGAUUGGGCGGUGGAGCAAUCUUCGACGAGCACAGCUGGGGUCGCAUAUGCAUUUCAGCGGCAAGCGACGCUGGCAUCGUUUAGUCCCUGUGCUGGGAUUCCAAAACUGCAGUGCUUUUGGGUCUUGCAGUCGCGCCUUGUUGCCAGCGACAAACGGCCGCAAGACGAAUUUGGAUUUUCCGUGGCCGUUGACGACUCGGUUGGUACAGCCGUGAUCGGGGCGUACCAUCAGCCCGGAGUGAACCUCAACAACUCAAUCGUGCUUCCAGAAAACACAGGGUCUAUCUACCUCUUUUCGCGCAUCGACGCGAUUCGAGACGGCGCGGGAAAUGUCCUAGCGCCUCCAAAGUGGCUGGCAAGAGAAACGGCAAAGUUUCAAUCGAGCGACAAGUCGCCAGGAGCUCAAUGGGGGUAUGCCGUGUCGCUCAACGGACCUCGUUUGGCUGUGGGAAGUCCUGGAUUUGGAGGUGACACGGGAUGUGGCUACGUGUACGACACGCGGUUUCUUCAAGUGUCUUUUGCAAGUCCUGAAGUGGGAGUCCUCGAAAAUGUCGUUAGCGGUCAAGUGAUAGUCGUGGUAUUGCGUACGGGGGACCUGAGCCAACCACUCACAAUUGGGUAUGCAACGAGCGAUAGCUCUGCCGUUGGCAUUGACAGUACAUGGUUUGCGGCAUGUUUGGGCAUGAUGAUUCAGAAUCGCGUUCGGUGUGGCGACUACCUCCAGACGCGCGGCGAGCUCACGUUCAACAUUGGCGAGUCGAACAAGGUCAUUGCUGUGUCAAUCAUGGACGAUUGGUGCUACGAGCAGUACCCCAAGUACAUUUCGUUGCGCUUGAAUGUUCUAGGCGGCGACGUGCUCUUGGGCGAGCAAUUUGCCAUGGUCAUUCGCAUCGACGACGAUGAUUUUGGACGAGAUCCGUGUUAGACAGGUUAGAUGGGAAUACCGGGUGGGUUCUGGUGAGGACGUUGGGCCAAAAAGCAACUUAAUCUUGCCGAUGCUUUUUGAAUAGACUACGCCUUCAUGUGUGAGGAACAAAGCGGCAUGAGAUCUUGCCGUACAGCUUUUAGAAUCCGCGAUUGUUUUUGACGUAACUGCUCGUCCUUG